GUUGAAAUCUAGCUUUAAUCUGAGGUGAUCUGAUAGGAUGCAGGGGGUUAUUUAAAUUUUUUGUAUCUGCUGAGAUUUACUUUGUGACUUAGUAUGUGAUCGAUUUUAGAGAAUGUUUGCUGAGGUGCUGAGAAGAAGGUAUUAUUUUCUUUUGUAUCUGGGUGAAAUAAUUCUGCUGGUAAUCUAUUAGGUCCAUUCGGUUUCUCACAUCUGUUAGCUCCAAUAUUUCUUUGUUUCGUUUUUGUCUGCAUGACCUGUCCUUUGGUGAGAGUGAGUCAUUGAAGUUGUCUACUAUCAAUGUGUGAGAGUCGAUGUGCGAUUUAAGCUUUAAUGUUUCCUUUAUGAACACAGGAGCCCUUGCAUAUAUGUUAGGAACUGAAACAUCAUCUUGGUAGACUUUUUUUCUUUUUUGAUGAGUGUGAUGUGUCUUUCCCUGUCUCCUUUUUGAAUUUUGGAUUAGGUCUAGUGUUACUUAUGUUGAUUCGGUCUCCAAAAUUACAUGGAAUUUGUGCGUCUACAAUCAGAUGCUGAGGGCCCAUGCCCCGAGCUGGUUUGAUUGGUAAAUAAAGUUGCUGGCAGCCAGUGACUGGGCAGGAAGACAGAGGCGAGACUUUUAGGAUUUCCAGGGAAGGAACACAGGAGAGAGAGAGAGAGAGAGAGAGAGAGAGAGAGAGAGAGAGAGAGAGAGAGAGAGAGAGAGAGAGAGAGAGAGAGACCAAGCCAUGGAAGGAGAAGGCCUGAGAAGUGUAAGACAGAUAGAUAGACUGCCAGCAUGUAUGAGUCAGAGACGGUGGCCCAGGAGGGUUGCAGACCUGGGUCUGGGGCAGCCACGAUAGCAUAUAGGUUUUAGUAAUUAGUAAUUCAGGAAUAUCAGAGGGGAGAGCGUGCUAGCCAUGUGUAGAAUUGAAGUGGUCCAACCACUGCUAAGAUAUAUUAAAUAUAAGGCUGUGUGUGUGUGUGUGUGUGUGUGUGUGUGUGUGUGUGUGUGUGUGUUUCUCUUUUGGCUUUGCUUGGGUGAGAUUAUCUAUUUUCUGUGUUUUUAUGUGUAACCUUCUUCGGUUGGAGUUUUCCUUCUAAUACCUUCUGUAGGGCUGGAUUUACAGACAGACAUUGUUUAAAUUUGACUUUGUCAUGGAAUAUCCUGUUUUCUCCAUCCAUGGUGACUGAGCAUUUUGCUGGAGAUACCUGUUCUGGUAUCUGUUGUCCCUUAGAAUCCUCAGGAUAUCUGUCCAGGUCCUUAGGGCUUCUGAGAAGUUGAGAAGUCUCAUAGGUCUGCCUUAUAUAUGUUACUUGGCCUUUCAGCUUUUAGUAUUCUUUCUUUGUUCUGAAUGUUUAGUGUUUCGAACAUUAUGUAGUGGAGGGGAUUUUCUUUUUUUGGUCCAGUUUAUUCAGUAUUCUGUAAGCUUCUUGUAGUUUUCUUUUAGGCAUCACCUUGUUUAGAUUAGGAACUUUUUUCUACGAUUUUAUUGCAAAUAUUUUCUUGGCCUUUGAGAUGGGUUCUUCUCCUUUUUCUGUUCCUAUUAUUCUUAGGUUUGGUCUUUUCAUAGCGGCCCUGCUUUCCUGGAUGUUUUGUGUCAGGCAGUUUUUAGAUUCAACAUUUUCUUUAACCAAUGUCAUCGCAUUGUGGCUUCAACACCUGAGAUUCUCUUUUCUGUCUUUGGUAUUCUGUUGGUGAUACCGUGUUGGUGGUUCCUGUUCACUAACCUAGAUUUCCUCCAUUUCUGGAGUUCCUUUAAUUUUGUUUUUUCUUUAUCGAUUCUGUUUCCAUUUUCAGGUCUUGAGCAGCUUGAUUCAUUCCCUUCCUAUCUUUGUUUUUUUCUUGGCUUCCUUUAGGGGAUUUGUUCAAUUCCUCCAAUUUUUUUUAUUUGUCUUUCCCUCCAUUUCUUUAAGGAAUUGAUAAUGAAUUAUUCCUAAUAUGAAUGUGAACAAUGAAUUAAUCUGGUGUCUGUAUUUUUUUCUUUUUACCUUAUGAUAGUCUCCAAUAACUGCCCAGAGAAACCGAGAUUUCUUUAAAACUGCAUCUCAAUAGCUGAGCAAUGCAAUGAUCUGUCCUUACCUUUAUGUUAAUCUGGCUACCCCCCAGCCUCAUCCCACGAUACUUGCAUAUUAUUAUCGAUCUGGCUCUUCAGACCCCCGCCCCCCUUUCGUGGCUCCAAUUCCUCCAUCCUCCAGGCACUUUGCACUUCUCUCCCCCUCUGACUAGUGGACAUCCUACCUUAUCCUCCAUUGUGCCCAGCCAUUGGCUAACCAGCAUUUAUUGACAAGGCAGGGAAUAAAUGAUAAGAACUAUUUACACAAACUCGAGACAGGAGAUUCUUGGUAUAAGCAAUGCCAUGCCUGGAUUGAAACAAGGUAGGAGGGCAGAGAAAUCAGCAUUUGAGUAACCCAAGGGUAGACUUUAUGCAGCAUACAAAACAUUGUGCCUACAAAGGAUUUUUCACUUCUUUAAGGACCUCUGUUAUUUUCGUAAAGUUGGUUUUAAGGUCAUUUUCUUGUGCUUCAGCUGUGUUGGAAUAUUCAGGGUUUGCUGUAGUAGAAUGUCUGGAUUCUGGUGGUACCGCCUGGAUGUUGUUGAGUCUGUUCUUAUACUGCCAUCUAGCCAUCUGGGUUUGAAGUAAUUAUAGGUCUAGGUACUGACUUCUGAGUUCCUCUUCAUUGGAUGGGUACUUUGUUCUUUGGUUUCUAUUUCCUGUUUGGUUUUCUGGCCAGAGUGACCUGUGGUUGAGUAGUGGGUCUUCACCUGAGUUGGUGGCCAUAUUUCUAGUGACUGGAGUGGUCUCUGGUCCAGCCAGGCAUCCUCCUCUGGAGUUUGGGGACUGGUGUUUUGGUGGCUGGCAGCCUCUGGUAGAGCAGAGGACUUCUGCUGGAGUUCAUGUGAUGUGUUUGUUAACAAUGAUGAGCAGUGUACACACAUUAUUAGCCAAUGUCCAUUUUUUUCCUGUCAGAUUAUAUAUGUCUUUUUUCAAAUUUCAUUUUAUUUUAAAAUUUUAUUUGUAUGGGAGUUUUGCUUGUAUAUAUGUUUGUAUUGUGUGUGCUCUUGGAAGCCAGAAGAGGGUGAUGGAUCCCUAGGGACUGGGGUAAUAGAUGGCGGUGGGCCACAGUUCGGGUACUGAGAAUUGGACCUGAGUCCUCUGGAAUAGCAGCCAAUGCCCUUGAUUGUUGAGCCGUCUUUUCAGCCUAGGCUGUACUCUCUGUUAUAUAACCCUAUUGGUUCUGGCAAGUGGUGGGUUCAUCAUUCAGAGUAUGGUAAAGAGUUUUACUGACCUAAACAUGCUCAGUGGUUUGUAUUUUAUUCUGUCCUCUCUCUCUUGAGCACUAGACGACUGGUCCUUUGUUGCCUUCCUAAUAUUCCUUUUCCAGGAUGUCACGAGAUUGGAAUAAUGCAACGUGCAGCCUUUCAGAUUCUUUUCUUCCUUUAAAUACUUUAAAGUGGUUAUUCUACCGUCUUUUUGCUUGCAUUAUUUCUGAUGGCAAAAUGAAAUGAGAUUUCUUUUGUUUCGUUUUUCUAAAGCAACAAGUGUUUGUUUCUCAUGGUUUUAGGAGCCAGAAGUUCAUACUCAAGUUAUCAGCCAAUUCAGGGCCAGAUGAGGGCCCCCUUUCUAACUUGCAGUGGGCCACCUUUUUUCUGUCCACACAGGGUAGAGAGACUCUCCUCCUCCCUCUUCUCUUCUUGCUUCUCCUCUUCUUCCUCUUCUUUUUUUUAAAGACAGGACUUAACUGUAGCCCAGGAGAGCUUGUCCUUCUUAAUGAUCAAAUAGGGCACUGAUGUCAUAGUAUGUUGACAUACUGUGGCAGAACUGUGCCUACACUCAUGUUAUGUCGUGUUAUGUUAUGUAAUGUAAUGUUAUGUUGUGUUAUGUUAUGUUGUGUUGUGUUAUGUUAUGUUGUGUUAUGUUAUGUUGUGUUGUGUUAUGUUGUUAUGUAAUGUAAUGUAAUGUUAUGUUAUGUUGUAUUGUGUUAUGUUAUGUUAUGUUGUGUUGGGUUGUGUCGUGUUAUGUUAUGUAAUGUUAUGUUAUGUUGUGUUGUGUUAUGUUAUGUUGUGUUGUGCUGUGUUGUGUCAUGUUAUGUUAUGUUGUGUUAUUAUGUUGUAGAUGCUGUCCUUACCAUACACCUGAUGGAAUGUCAGCCUGAAGAUGAAACGGGAGAUAUGCUUGGUCUUGUGGGCUUUGUUGGUUUCUACUUUCUUCCCAGUCUUGAUCCGUUGUAGCUUUGUUGGAAUUUCAGUAGUACCUCUGAAGAUUUCGUGGUAAUGGCUAGACCAGAAAUCAAGGUCUUCUUUGGCCUCCCCAAUCCCAGUAUUAUAUUGAAGCCCUGACCUCCCAUGUGAUGACAUUUGGGGCGGGACACUGAGAAGAAAGGUAACGCUCUUUUGAAAAAGGAAAAGAGAAUAGUUAUGGAGUGGGUGAGCCUAUAAACUGCACCCCUCUAUAAAUUGGGAAGAGGAAAAUUCCCAGAAAUGCCUAUCCUCUGAUCUCAACGUAAACUUCCAGAGCUUUAGGGAGAUAGGUGCCUAUUGAGUCUGUGUCAUUUUGUUACUGCAGCUCACAAAAGUAGAGUCCUUCCUGGGCCCAGAUCAGUGACAUUACAUGGGGCAAUGGGUAACUUGUUGACCAGUAGCACAUUCCUGAUUUCAAUGAGACCUUCUGUGGUCAACCUGGUAAGAGCAUAGUUAUUACUGUGAAUGGUUUUUGUUCUAGUCCUCUGCCCAGUGUUAAGAUGACAUGUCUAUUAAGACUUCUGUGGGGCUGGAAAGAUGGCUCAGCGGUUAAGAGCACUGACUGCUCUUCCAGAGGUCCUGAGUUCAAUUCCCAGCAACCACACUGUGGCUCACAACCAUCUCUAAUGGGAUCUGAUACCCUCUUCUGGUGUGUCUGAAGACAGUGACAGUGUACUUAUAUAAAUAAAAUAAAAUAAAAUAAAAUAAAAUAAAAUAAAAUAAAAUAAAAUGACUUCUGUUCAGUCUACCCCAUAGCUGUGAAUAUGAGGUUUACUAGUCUAGCUGGUGGGAGCAAGCUUUGUUUCUGGUCCUAUGUGAGCUCAGGUUAGUAGUCUCCACCAUGCCUUUAUGUGCUUCUUUGUGCAGCCCUGAUCGGUUGGUCUGUUUGUCUGUCUGUCUGUCUGUCUGUCUGUCUUUCUUUCUUCCUUUCUUUCCUUCUUUCUUUCUUUCCUUUUUUCUUUCCUUCUUUCCUUCCUUUCCUCCCUCCCUCCCUUCCUUUCUUCCUUUCUUGUUUUCCAGACAGAGUUUCUCUGUGUAGCCCUGGUUGUCCUGGAACUUUCUGUGUAGAUCAGGCUGGCCUCAAACUUAGAGAUCCUCCUGCCUCUGCCUCCUGAGUGUUGGGACUAAAUUCAUGCACCACCACUGUCCAGUGGCAUUGCAGUUUCUUAUAUGUGAUCUUUAGUACUCUGCUGGAUACUCCUGUCUUUGGAUGGCAUGUUUGUCUUUCUGAAACUAUUACUUUGUUUUAGAAAUUCUGGUCAUCUGGCCUCAAGUUGUGUGUGUGUGUGUGUGUGUGUGUGUGUGUGUGUACAUGCGUGUGCAUUUGCAUGUGUGUAUGGGGUUGGUGAACAACUUUUGGGAGCCCGUUUUCUACUUUGUUUCAAGGUAGGGUCUCCCCUGCUUCUGUCCCUCUCUCUACGCCUGGGUAGCUGGCUGACGAGCUUGUGGAAGAUUUUUUCUUUCUCCCGUUCCAUCUCACCAUGGUGAGUUCCCAGUUACUAUCACUCCAUCGUCUCCACAUCUCACAUCUUCAAUCCCAUCUCUUUGACUUAGGCAUUUUCACCCUAUUCCUCCUCCUCCUGUGACAGCCUGGAACCUCUCAAGCAGUAAACAAAAAGCGAGGAUCACGCUACUUCUUUACAGUCCUAUAUUCGAUGCCCAGGAAAGCCAUAAUUUAUUGUAUCUGGGCUCUGUUGUUUAAAGUUGCUUCAGAUGGGAAGCUCAGUCUGUUAACUGUUUCUAAUAGUUUGGAGACAGAAGUCCGAGAAACUUGAAUCAGAGGAGGGAAGAAAUAAGACUGGAGAAGAAGAGGCAAGAGCAGCAUAGAACACAGAUGGAGUACAACCCAGGGAGGGAUGGGUGCCUGUCUCUUGUGGGUGUUCUUGUUAUUUGCUCACUAGUGAUAUAGUGGGAGCCAUAUGCCUUUCUGUCAUGGAUGUGGUAAUGCAGAGGUCUGUGCCCCUGAAGAGUCGGGUACUCGGGAGUUCUUGCUUACUGAACAGUAGAGGGUGCCAAGGUGGAUGGAGGAUGGGAUCCAGAAGGUUAGUGUUUAGAAGACUGAAAGAUGAGAUCGUGGGAUGGAGCCCAUCCUGCAGGACUACAGAGAGGAACAGAUUUCAACACUUUCGUGUAGGUGUGCUUGCGCCUGUGCGAGUUUUAACUACAUCAAACAGCAUGAACAAAAUAAUAGAGAAAUGCAUGGUCCUGGAGAGAUGAGGAAGAGAGGAGAGAGAGAGAGAGAGAGAGAGAGAGAGAGAGAGAAGGAGAGAGACAGCCAGGUAAGCAGAUUGAUAAGGUUAUUGUAGGCAGGAAAAAGUGUUAGGAAAGUCCCUUUAUAGGCAGGAAUAAGUGUUAGGAAAGUCUUGCAUUCUUGGAAACUUCUGGGCUGAGUGCUAGUUAGAAGCUCUAAUUAUCUGAGUAACUAGCUCUGAAUGUUAAUGAAGAAAGGAGGUGCCCGUAAGUGGUGAUGAAAGACAGUUCCCAUGCUGGAAACAAUAAGGGAGCAUUUGCUGGAGUCUGGUAAAUUAUUUCCUUUUGAAGGAAGAGGUCCCAGGGUCCCAGACGAGAAUUGCUGUGAAUUUUAAACGCUUCUGUCUCUCCUGAUGAGUGUGGGGUGAGAUGGCAAAGGCGCUGAAGUCUGGCAGUCUUCCAACCCUUAAUCCCUUUUCCAUUCUGUGUUUCUGACCCUAUGAUCUUCAUGCAGUUAGCAUAUUUAAUAACUAUAUAAAAUGUGCAGACUCAAUUUUAAUUAAAAAGUAAUGCGAGGUGGUAUAGACAGGGUCCCUGAGGAAAGACUGCACGGAAGUUGGCUGGUAGUGGUGCACACCUUUGAUCCCAGCACUUGGGAGGCGGUGGUUGGCAGGUCUCUGAGUUUGAGGCCAGCCUCAAGCAUAGUGAGUUCCAAGUCAGCCAAAGCUACACAGAGGAACCCUGUCUUGAAAAACCAAACCCCCUGUUCCCCAAAGUGCAGGGAGACUUAUUUCUCUGGUAAACUCAUUUGAGUAUGGCCUAUUUAUAGAUAUUUUAUAUAGUUUUACAAUAUCAACCAUAUGGCUUUAGUUUUUUAGUUUCUUAUUUGCUUACAAAGCAUUAGAUUUUAUUAUGGCAUUUUCUAAAUGGUAUUGAUUCAGCUGUUAUUUUUCUCCCAUUUCUCCAUCCCCACACUCUCCGUUGGUCCUUCAUUUCCCCACUGGGCUUCCAUCUGCUUUCACGUCCCCGGAGCCUCUUGCUCUCUGGUGUCUAGAUCCACUUUCACAACCCCUUUUUUUUGCAUACAUACAAAUACUAAAAACUUUAGCACCUGCAUAUGAGAGAGAAUAUGUGAGUUUUGCUUUUCUGAGACUGGGUUGUCUUGCUCGAUAUAGUGUAUUCCACUUGCGUUUUUUUUCAAGAGAUUUUACUUCUUUUAAAAUUAAGUGUGUACGUGUGUGUCUGGGUAUUUGUACGUGUGAGUCCAGGAGGUAUUGGAUGCCUCUGAAGCUAGAAUUACAGGAUGUUGUGAGCUGCCCAAUGUGGGUUCUUCUAAGAAUUGAACUUGGAUCCUUUUAACUUUUUCCGCUCCAAUUUCAUUUCUCUUAAAACCCGAGUAAACUUCAGUUGCAUGCAUUUGUUAUAUUUUUCAUAUCAGUUCAUCAGUUGACGGGCAGUAGGGACAUCUAACUAGCUCCAGUUUCUUGCUAUCAUGAUAAUGUAGCAAUAGACAUGGUAUGCUAUAAAGUUCUCCUUUGAUCAUGGGGCAGAGUGGGGUAGCAGAGGCAUUUGAUAAUUCUCUCUCUUCUUUUUAGUGUAGAGGAAUAUCCACACCAAUUUCCGUAGCACUCGUAUUAACUUACGUUCCACUCACUGGCAGUGGUAGGGCUCCUGUCCCUCCACAUCCUUACAGUGUUUCUCAUCAUUUGUUUUUUCAUUAUAGCCUUUCUGACCGGAGUGAGUUAGAAUCUCAAAGUAGUUUUAAUACCCAAUAGUGAAGGAUGUUGAGCAUUUAAAAACACAAAAACCAAAACCAAACCAAACCAAAACCAACCCAACAUAACGAUAAUGACAAUAACAACAACAACAACAAGCCCCACAAAAACCCCAAACUGGCUAUAUGUGUUUCUUCUUUUAUUUUUAUUCCUCUUCUUAAUAAAUUUCAUUAGCUUUGUGCUUUUGGAGUUCAGGUUUCGCAGGUCUUUAUCUAUUCUACACCUCAGCUCUCUGAAGUAUAGAUAUCAGAGAUUUUUCUCCCAUCUCAUGGACGCUGUCCGUUACUCUGCUAAUAGUUUCCUUUGUUGUGCAUGAACUUUUACAUUCAUUGUGAUUCCAUUUGUUGAUUCUUGGGACUGGUUUCUAAGCUCUCGUGCCUUUAUCAAUAACCUCAAAUGUAUUAUUACCUUGACUUUCAGUGAUUCCCAUUUUAAAGGAUGAUCUUUGAUUAUUUUGAAUUGAUCGUUUUGUACAGGAGAGAUAUGUAGGUCUGAGUUCAUUCUUCUGCGAGUGCAUAUCCAUUCAGCUUUGCUGGCACCACUUAUUGAACAGGCUGCCCUUCCCCCAAGUGUCUGUUCUUGAUGCCUUUGUCCAAAAAAAAGUCAUAGCAAUGUAGGUUUGUUCUGGGUCCUCUAUCCUAUUGCACUGGUCUACAUGCCUGAUUUUGUCACUGUCACUUGGUAGUGUUUUUUGAGGUUAGGUGUUGUGGUCCUCCAGUAGAGUUCUUUCUGUGUUAGGCUGCUUUGGCUCUAUGUGGUACAAUACUAGUAUACUGUGGCUUUUGACUGCAAGUCAAGACAUUUGAUUUAAAGCAGCUAUAAUAUUAAGGGAUAUUAUUCACCUGGAAGUUUGUAGAUAGGUUGGACAUAGUUCAGUUGGGUUCAAGCUCCUUCUCUUGUUUAGCUUGGCUUUCUUUUGGGUGUUAGCUUUUAUGCAUGGCACCCCCCCCCUUCAUGGGUAGAUAGGCACAAGGACUAUUUAAAUGAUGGUAUGGUGCUUCCUUAUACAUGUCCAGACAGCAUGUCUAGACUCCAGCAGUGUCCUCCUAUCGUCAUGCUCAUCGCUGGACAUAAAUAUCCCUGCAUCAGUCAGAUCCACUGAGUGUGAACAUACCAGUGAACAGCUUUGCCAUUAUCCAGCAGACAAGGAGUCAGAUAGCUGUGAGCAGUUACCCAGUGUUUUCACUAACCCAUAACUUAUUGAUGGACUGAAGAAACAGCCUCUGCUUGGUCCUGAGUAUAAAGACGACGGAUCUGAAGUACUUGGACCAUGAGACGAUAUCAGAGACAUUCAUCGACAGCAGCGGACAGUAUAUUUCCUCGCAGGCGACAGGCUUCAGUCGGAAUGCAUACUGUGGCUAUGAGCACCAGACGCUGUCCAGUCAGGAACGCUUAGAGGAGGAUGCCUUACUUGCUGCCUCAAAGUGGAAGGUGCCGGAUGUGGAUCUGGUCCCGUUUGUGAAGAGCACCGACCCCUCCUCCAGCUACUUUGUCAUCUUGAAUUCUGCAGCCUUCUUCAGGGUGGGAAGCCAGCUGGAGGUGCUGGUUCAUGUGCAAGAUUUUCGAGGGAAGCCCAAGAAGUAUGGAGGAGACUACCUGCAGGCCAGAAUACACUCGCCUGAGCUGCAGGCUGGGGCCGUGGGCCGAGUGGUAGACUACCAGAAUGGAUUUUACAAGGUGUUUUUUACUUUGCUCUGGCCAGGCAGGGUUAGAGUGUCCAUAUCUCUGGUUCACCCCAGUGAAGGGAUCAGAGUUCUUCAGCGCCUGCAGGAAGAGAAACCAGACAGGGUCUAUUUCAAGAGUCUCUUCCGAUCGGGAAGGAUCUCUGAAACAAUGAAGUGCAAUGUGUGUCUUCCUGGAAGCCUUCCCCUGUGCAACUUUACAGACCGUUACACCGGAGAGCCCUGGUUCUGCUUCAAACCAAAGAAACUCCCCUGCAGCAGCAGAAUCAACCACUUCAAGGGCGGAUACACGAAGGGCCUUCUCACUGCUGCCGAAAGUGCUUUCUUUCAGAGUGGUGUGAAUAUCAAGAUGCCAAUCAACUCCAGUGGACCUGAUUGGGUGACUGUGAUCUCCAGGAGAAUAAAGGAAACUGAUGACCCAGAAGUAUCUCAAGACUCAGGAACUUUUCCUUCUGGAUAUUUCUACAAAGACCAGUGGAGGCCCAGGAGGUUUAAGAUGCGCCAUUUCAAUGACCCUGACAACAUUACAGAGUGCUUGCAAAGAAAAAUGGUGUAUUUGUUCGGUGACUCGACAGCCAGGCAGUGGUUCGAGUACCUCACCACGUUUGUUCCAGAUUUAGUGGAGUUUAAUUUGGGUAGUCCCAAGAACGUUGGUCCCUUCCUUGCAGUGGAUCAGAAACACGACAUCUUGCUCAAAUACCGCUGUCAUGGUCCACCCAUCCGCUUCACGAGCGUCUUCAGUAAUGACCUCCAUUAUGUGGCGAAUGAACUGAACAGGAUCGUGGGAGGGAAGAACACAGUGGUGGCCAUAGCAGUAUGGUCUCACUUUAGUACAUUCCCCUUGGAAGUCUAUAUCCGGAGGCUCAGGAACAUCAGACGGGCAGUGGUCCAACUCCUGGAUCGAAGUCCUAAGACUGUGAUUGUUGUCCGGACAGGCAAUGCCCAAGAGCUGGGGCCUGAGGUGAGCCUUUACAACAGCGACUGGUACAACUUUCAACUGGACACUGUGCUUCGCAGGAUGUUUUCAGGGGUUGGAGUCUACCUUGUGGAUGCCUGGGAGAUGACCUUGGCUCAUCAUCUGCCCCACAAGCUGCAUCCAGAGGAAGUGAUUGUGAAGAACCAGCUGGACAUGUUCUUAUCUUAUGUAUGCCCCUCGGAGACAUAGCUACCCUCAAGUGCGCCAGAGCAAUCGCGUCCAGUGACCUUUCCACUUGAUCUGCAGCAUCGACGAUUUGUGAUUGAGUCCCUUGUGAGAAGGAAACUGUCAACUUGUCUUGACAUUUUAGAGCUGUACUUUGCAUAGUGACUUGUGAUGAACGUAGGCAGUGUAGGCUGCAUUUGUAUCUACCUACCUAUAGGAUUCUUCCGUCUCGACUUAGACAUUGUAGAGCUCUAACCUACCACAUCUACACACUGUAUCGCCCUUGUAACCAAAGAUGCUAACGAGUGGGUAAGAACUAGCUUCUCCUGGGAUGGAGAUGGCUCUGCUGAUGCCUAUGAGAGUGUUUUGAUGUAAACAGGAGGGGUCAAUUUCGUUGGCUUUGUUUGCCACUUACCCAGUAAAGGACAUUGAACACGUACGUCUUCAUGAGAGGCACCAAGUUCCCUCACGAAAAGAGAGGGAUUAUUGCUAGAGGUUCCCUUCCACAGUGAAGACCGCCAUAUCUCAGGAGUUUCUAUUGACUUAUUUAUUUUUUUCUCAAUUACUUGUAAAGGCCGAUGUGUGUGGUCAGAGUUUUGUAUGAGGAUAUUAACAAUUUCCUGCUUUUAUCUGGAAAGAAGCAAAAUGAAAGGGCGUACAAUCUCCACUUUGGAUUGGUGUUGGCACUGGAGAAAUAUUUCUUACUUGAUUCAGCUGAAUUUUAUGUGAUAAAUUCUUAUACUAGAAUUGCCACUUUUGGAAACAAAUAUGUACAUAGAAGUUUAUUUUUAUGUUCUGAAGCUUGUGGGUUUUGAGAACUGACUUUUAUGUAAAGAAUGCUGCUGACUCUCAUAAAAUUGUAGGGUUUCUCCUCUCAGCAAUUCCAAAUGAUUCUCUUUGCUUUUGGCUGUCAUGAAAUAUAUGCUGAAAUCACACAUGAAACCAGAUCAGAAGUUAAUAAAAUUAGAUAUUAAAACCUUU